AUGCCAUUCAUACUGCAGGAGCCGUGUGAAUUCGUCACACCACUAUUGGAGAUCACGUACAUGAUCGACCCUCUUCCCUUCUCCAUGUCGGCGUCGUUGGAACGCGUGAUUGGAUGGCGUGUAUACAAUCAGCCACCGCUCUUCAGCCACGGGAGUGAGAAGCGGUACAUCUACACGCAUCGGUAUGCUCUUAACUACCGCUGCCGGUAUAAGCUGUCCGCUGUCACGAACGAUCCGAUAGGGAGCAUUGAUGUUGGCCAGCAGUUAAUCCUACGAUAUCAGUUAAACCCAUACCGUCCACCGUAUCUUCCGCCGCCACGUGGCUUUGAGGAUGACAUUUUUCGAAAUCAGCGGCCGUAUCUCCGCGAAGUAUUCAUGGAAGCUGUGCCGCUGUUGCCCAGUGACUGCUCUACCGAGUCGCUGUCCGCUGCUGCGUCACACACCAUGUGUGGUGUAAACGUGUACACAAAGGCAAAAGGAGUGUUUUCCUGCUUUCCGUGCGGAGGUCGAGAUGGUCUCGUGCUGAUCUACUCCACUGUGCCAAGCCUGAAGAAGGCACUACAGAGGCGCUUUGAUGCGAGCCUCAAAAGCCUUUCGCUGAUUGUGGAUGAUGUCUUUGUGGACUGGGAUAGUCUUGGUAUGGUGAGCCUGAAUGAGCUGCAUGAAAUGGGUGCCCUGUACAUCGAAGGAAUGGGACGUGAUGUCUUUGACAUGCAGUUGCGUGUGCGCCGUGCACGGCACCGUUUGUGUUGA